AUGAACGAGGAGAGCGAGAAUCUACAGGAAAUCCCAGCUGAAACUCGUGAGAGCUCUGUUGCUAGCAAUUCCGCCAGCACAAAGCAAGAUAAAACCGAUCUUCUAGCGAAGACUAAACUAUUAAGAGACACCCUCCAGCUGCUGCUUGAAAAGUCAGAAGAACAAAAGAAGGUCUGUGAGCAAUUGGCUCAUGAAAACAGGUAUUUACAAGACUACGUGGAAAACUUGAUGUCGUCCGGUAAUGUUUUAGACAAGUAA